CAUAGCAGGGCUCACUCCUUCGCUCACUCAUUCUUCUUCCUUUUCCCCUUAUUUCCUUUGAUAUUCCGACAGCUCUCUUCACAAGUCUUCGGCGAAGCCACAAGAUCAUUCUAGAACCUCGCCUCACAAGAUAUGAGCGACGGUCCAAAGAGACAAGGCGGACGCCCACUUCCUCCGCCGCCAAGAGGUCCCCCCGGCCCUCCUCCUCCUCCCCCUCGCCCCCGCGUCGAACCCGUCGAUCGCGAAAAGACUUGCCCCUUGUUGCUCCGCGUCUUCACCAAGGAGGGGAGUCAUCACACGAUGGAGGACUUUGCUGUGAGAGGGAAAGAGCCAUCGGAGGAGGUUCAGAUUUACACCUGGAAGGACGCUACUCUUCGUGAAUUAACCGAGCUCGUCAAAGAAGUGGUUAAACCUGCAAGAAGAAGACAUGCAAAGCUCUCAUUUGCUUUUGUGUUUCCUGAUAAAAAUGGUCGAUUCAAAGUUCAAGAGGUUGGGAAGACACUGGCAUAUGGAAAUGGAAGAUUUGAUGACGGCAAGGCUUUAGCCGAACUUGGUUUUGAGAUUGGUGAUUACUUGGAUGUGGCUAUUCUGUAGGUUCUUAUGGGCAGUCUUUGUGUUUUGGCCUGUUUAUAUAUGAAGGCCUUGAAUUUAGUCGGUUUAAUAGAAAACUCUAUGUAGUGUUUGGUAGUUAAUGUAGCAUGAACCAAACCAAUUUGAUUUCCUUGGUUGCAAAAAUAGAUAAACUGAUGAUUGAUCAGACCAAGACCCAUUAUGCGACUGACUAGUGUAUUAUUUGAUGGGGGCAGAAAGUAAAGGGCUAAUUCUUUUCUCUUUCCUGAAAAUGAGGGCGCAGACAUAAUGUAAAUUGGACAAAUUUUCAAACGCACAGAGCACAACGGAUGUGGAUUAAUAAUCGGAUUCAAGAAUAAAAGUAGAGUAAUCCGAAUCAUAAUUUGUCGAA